AAUUCACUUCAUAAAUAUAAAGGACUAAUCAGAACUGUUUGUGGUUAUAUGAGUUUUCACUUCAAGGGAUCGAUGCAAGUUUCUGUCAUCAUGUCACCAAAUUUUCCAAGGAUUCUUCUCCUAGCUCUGUCCUUCCUUGCUUUAAUGCUGCAAAAAUCAGAGGGUCAAUUUGAGGAAUGGUGCAUAGCUGAUGAGCAAACACCAGAUGAUGAGUUGCAAAGGGCCAUGGACUGGGCAUGUGGGAAGGGAGGUGCAGAUUGCAGCAAGAUUCAAAUGAAUCAACCUUGUUAUAUGCCAAAUACAAUAAGGGAUCAUGCCUCUUAUGCCUUCAAUGAUUAUUACCAGAAGUUUAAGCAUAAAGGAGCAACUUGUUACUUCAACGCUGCUGCUCUCAUCACCGAUCUUGAUCCAAGUCAGCACUCUUGCAAAUUUGAUUAUCUUCCCUGAGCGAAACAAUUCAAGGAAUUGAAGAUUUUGGAUCAAAUAUAUAUUUUGUGGAUUAUUUCAUGGCAAUGAGACCGGCAAAAUUUGGUUUGGUCAUAAAAAGACAGGUUUUCCAGUACUAGUUUUGGAUUGUUGCUUUUCUUUUUUCCAUUUUGAGAAAGUGUUGUUACUUGUUGCAUCCAAAUUAUGUCCCACAUUGAUCUUCAUGUGACCUUAGGAAAGCAAUGUUGAAAUGAACACCUUAAUUUAUAUUCAUAA